CGCCUGCCGCCAUCUUGUGCGCGAGUCGGAGAAGGAAAGAAGGCUCAGGGACAAGAAGAAGUGGCAGAGAUGUGGGAUCAGGGUGGGCAGCCCUGGCCACAGUGGCCGCUCAGCCAGCAGCAGUGGAUGCAGUCUUUUCAGCACCAGCAGGACCCAGGUCAGGUGGACUGGGCAGCACUGGCACAGGCAUGGAUUGCUCAGAAAGAAUCAUCUGGACCACCGGUGGAUCAGCCAGGCAUUCAGCCCAACGGGCAGGAUAUCCAGGGACUGGAGGCGGCCCCAAACAACCAUGGAACCUUUCAGGGUGACUCGGCCUUCAACAGGAUGUGGCAGCCAGAGUGGGGGAUGCAUGGCCCACCUCCAGACCAGGGCUGGCUUCCACCAGGACCAGGUCCCAUGGAUGUGGUGGCCCCCUCUGAGGACAGCAACAGUCAGGACAGUAAUGAAUUUACUCCAGAUGCCCACCAGGGGGGAUUCCUGCAGAACAACCAUGGCUUUGGGGGGCAGCCAGACAAUUUCUCCAUGGCACCCAUGGCUGUCAAUCAGUUUGACUAUCAGCACGGGGCUGCAGCCUUUGGCCCCCCCGCCACUGGGUUCCACCCACCGUACUGGCAACAAGGCCCUCCACAAAACAGACGGGACAGGCUUCCAGGAUUCAGGGAGCGCCAGAGAUCCCCUCUUCAGCUGCCAGUGAAGCAGGAGCCCCCAGCUCUAGAUGCAGUGAAAAGGAGGACUCUUCCUGCAUGGAUCCGUGAGGGGCUGGAGAAGAUGGACCGAGAGAAACAGAAGAAACUGGAGAAGGAAAGAAUGGAGAAGGAGAGAGCAGAGAUGGCCAAAGACCAAAAGAAAGAAGAUGAUUUGGCAGAUGAGGAAGGUGAUGGACCAAGACUGCCACGCAAAAGCAAAUUUGACAGCGAUGAUGACGACAACGACGAGGACGAAGAUGAAGAUGAAAGAGCACCGGCAAGGAAGCAGGAGUUUGUGAAAAAGAGCCCUUCCCCCUCUCAUGAGGACCAGAGUGAGCCAGAGAUGACGGAUGAGGAGAGAGAGUUUCAGAUGAUGAUGCUGACCAAAACUCUACUGACAGAAGUGCUGUUAGAAGUCACCAAUGAGGAAAUCUACCAAGUGGCCAAGGAAGCACACCGAAAGGCCACUAAAGCGCCUGCCAAACAGCUCGCACAGUCAAGUGCACUGGCUUCUCUGACUGGCCUCGGGGGUCUGGGUGAGUACGGCUCAGAUGAGAGUGAGGAGGACCGCAGCGCCAAAGGCUCUGAUUCUUCUGACACGGACGAGGAGGAGUUGCGGCACCGCAUCCGCCAGAAACAGGAUGCGUUCCGCCGCCAGGAGAGGGCAUUACUGCAGCAGGAAGACACACGAGGAGCGCAGGAGGGUUCUGUUAGCCAAGACGAUUUGAUGUUGGACAGAGCGGGUCGGGACAAGGUCGACUGUGAUGAGUCCCAGUUAGAGAGCACAGACAAACAGGAAGUGAGGGAAACUGAGGCUGCUGUAGAGAGGCGCAGGUCGCGCAGUGAACAGGAAGUUAGUGAGGGCAGGUGGACGGGACAAGGGAAGGAGCAGCCUGGGCGCAGUGCAGGAGGUAGCAGUGUGUCUCCCAGUGACGCUCGUAGCAGCACCUCACGGUCCAGUUCUAGUAGCUCCAGCAGUCAGUCCUCUUCCUCUUCCUCCUCCUCUUCUUCCGGCUCCUCCCGCAGUUCAUCCCGCUCCUCUUCCCCACGGAGGAAGAGAAGACGUAGUCCCACCCCCUCGCACCGGAUACGGCAACGCAGCCGCAGCCGUAGUCGCAACUCACGCAGGCGGCUCAGCGAGAGAGAAAAGGGCAGGGAAAGGAGGCGGGGCAGUCGGACCCGCAGCACAGAGCGCUCCGGGCAUCGGAGGAAUCGCAGCCGAUCCCAUGAGAGGAGGUCCAGCAGGGGGCACAAGAGCAGGUCCAACGACAGGGUUAAAGCCAGCCGUAGUCGUAGUAGAGAUAGGCGUCGGAGCCGAGAGCGUAGACGCAGCCGUAGCCGCAGCCGACGCAAGCAGAAAGACGUCAGCAAGGACAGGGACAAGAGGAAGGACAGGAGCCGCAGUCGAGAGAAGGACAAAAAGAAAAAGGAGGCAGAUAAGAAAGACAAAUCCAGGCAGAGAGUGAAGGAAAAGGAGAGGCGAGAGGACAAGGAAAGUGUGGUGCAGGAGGAUAGCAGCAGGUCUAAGAGGAGGAGGGAAAGUGAGCAUUUGGAGUUCCACAAUGAGAUCUCCACUCGACUUGCCCAACAGGACAAGCACAACAAGAAGGGAUCUGCCAAAACUAGUAAGAAGUACUCUGACUCUGAGUCCAGCAGAAGCAGGUCCCCCUCUCCUGAGGUUAGCAAGGACAAGAAAUCCAAAAAGUCCAAACGUAGUCGCUCAAGGUCAACGGAAAAAUCUCACAAGUCUGGUAAGAAGGCAAGCCGCAAACACAAGUCUAAGUCACGAUCAAGGUCAAACUCUCCUUCCCGCCGUUGGCGCUGAGGACCCUGAUAUGUGCACUUAUUUUAAAAUUCCAUGAGUUUUAACGGCUUGUCUCAUUAUAGAGGCAAAUGUGUAGGUGACCUCCUUCCUUAACCCCAUCUCACUGUAAAUAUGCCAUUUUUAAGUGCUGUCUGCAAUACACAAUAUUUUGACUGCUAGGUUUUGCCAUGUAUUCCACAGUUCUGAGGGUUAGUGGUGUGUAGAAUCUUGAAGUUGUAACAUUUUCCCACACAGAAGGUGGGGAAAAACAUUACUGUACAUUGUUGUCCAAUAAAAUUAAUGAUUCUUGCUGGUUUGGCUGUUAUGACUGUCCCUCCUUGCACUGCAGUAUUUAGGAGUGUGGCCUGAUGCCACAGUGGAGUUAGUGCCUGUCAGUGAGCUUCACUGUGUCGCCUUAGCUACGGUAUCCAAUGUUUCCUGACACCAGUGUGGGGUGGUUGCAAAAACUGUCUUUUGUUGGUUGUGUGCAGCUUCCUUCCAAUAAAAUAUUAA